AUGGGGCGGAGCUUGACCGAUGCAAAUGACUUCAGGUUGAAGAAGCAGACCGCUCACCUUGCAGGCUUGGCAAGGCGGCGAGCUUGGGAGCAAGCAGCAGCUGGCCUUUUCAGGCUGCGAGGAGCAGGGCUCGAUGCGGUAGCGAUCGGGACGGCCAUAAGCGCAUGCAGAGGCCAGUGGUUAAUGGCUUUAGCUUUGUCGAAAGUCCUGAUCGAUUCUUCGAUCGAAGCAGAUGUUGUAAGCGCCACCUCUGUGAUCAGCGCGUGUGAACGCGGACAUGCGUGGCAAGGUGCUGUUCUGAUAUCACAGAACAUGAUGCAUUUCAGCCUUCCGCCUGACACUGUUUCUCGUGGUGCUACGCUUAGUGCUUGCGAGAAGGGCUGCCAAUGGACCUUGGCAUUCCAGAUUGGAAGUAGCAUUUGCAGCUCUGCGCCCACGAAUUCCCAUGUUCACAACUCGUGUCUGUCUGCUGGUGCACGAGCUACGGAAUGGAAGACUGUGCUGCAGAUGAUGCAGACAUUGUGUCAGAAGCGCGGCCAGCUGGACGUUCUCAGUUACAGCUCGACCUUGCAUUCAUUCGACGUCGGUUUAAGAUGGCAGCAUUCCUUGCAUGUCUUCUCUCAUAUGCAGACAGAUGGGCCGCAACCCAAUGUUGUGACGGCUUCUUCGGCGAUAAGCGCGGCAUCCGCCUUCCCAAGGGGUGGAGCGUGGGCCUUGCAAGCAUUGAUGCAGCUGGGCACGAGCAGACUUCAGGCAAACACAAUCUGCUGCAAUGCAGCAGUUUCCGCAUGCGCCGCUUCGUCUCUGUGGGCAGAAAGCCUUCAAGUUUUUGACGGCAUGCUAUGCCGAGGACCAAUCCCAAGCAUGGUGACGCAUGGAGCCCUCAUGGCAGUUGUGGAAGGCGUGGGCAAGUGGCUUGAUGUGCUACACCUUCUGGCAAGUGGGCAGCGACUCGGCCUUCAGCCGACCCUUGUGACAUGCGCAACGUCUUUGGCUGCCUGCCGCUAUGGCCGCUGGGCCUGGACUCGAGCGGUGCAGCUCUUCGCUUCUCAUUUUGAGGGCAGUGGCCCUUGUGGCCCUUGGCCGACGCUGGUUGUUGCCAAUGCCUUUCUGGGAGCCUUAUCCACCUUUGGCCAGUGGCGAACGGUCGCCAAAGUCCUCGAGGACCUGUGCAUGUGGAGGCUUCGGCCAGAUCAUCACACGCUCGCCAGCGCAGCUUCGGCCCUCUCUCGCGACACAGAUGUUUGGAUGCAGACGGUGAGUCUUUUGCAGAAUUUCGGCAUGCAGCCCGACUACUCCAGCUUGGAAACUUUGCUCUCGAUAUGUGAGUGGCAGCCUUUAAGCUGUUCGCUUCAGCAACACGCACGCUGGCCCAAGUGCCGACUGCCACUCGCAGUCCUCAAGUUCGAGAAGCGAGCUAUAGCGACGAAGAAAAAAGGUGUCGGGGCCGGGCAUCGGCUCCAGUUUGCCCUUUGCAGUCCAAUGACGGAGCCUACCCGUGAGGCUGCUCUCCUCCAGGAGUCACGACCUGAUGCCUUCGAGCCAUGGGGUCCCUUUUGCAAGAAGGAGCUUAAGGGAAUGUGGGCUUUGGGAUGGCCAAUCGCUGUAAGUAUGUUCUGCCGGUUCGCAAUGUUCUCCAUGGACUCCGCAUGCGUGGGCCAUCUAAACAGACCACUGGCCGAGUCGCACUUCCUCUUGAAGUCGGCUUGGGCAACUCCAGAUGCAGAAACACCUGGCCUUCCAACAGUGGCUUAUCAUCUUUUGCAGCUUGAAGAUGCCGUCGAGUCGAGCGAGAUGCACACAGAGGCUGGCGAGACACUUCCGGACGACAGCUACUCCCCGAAAGAGUACUUGGCUGCUUCUACUCUUUCAGACAUGAUUACCAAUUUUCUGACGACGCCCUUGUUGGCAAUGGCAUUUGGACUGAACCCACUAAUUGCACAGUCAGUGGGGUCCGGCAAUCUCAAGAUGGUCGGAACUUGGUUGAAGUUGAGUUUCUUCUGUGUGACAUUGGGCACCAUUCCUUUCAUCACGGGCUUCUUCUUUGUGGACGAAAUAUUGACCUCUCUACGUUUCGACCCGGAUGUAUGUUAUCUUGCGGGAGUCUACGCCAGGUACAACAGCAUUUGGGUGCUUCCAAACAGCUGGUAUGUGACGAUGCGAAUGUACUUCCAAGCACAGGGCAAGCCACGUCCCGCCAUGUACUUCGGGUUGAUCUUCCUUUUUGUCAAUGCUCUCUUUUUGUGGCUGUUGGUGUUUGGUGGGCCCGAGAAUGGGAACUGGUGGCACGUGGGAGGUCUCGGCUUCAUUGGUGCAGCCUUGUCCAUCAGCUGCUCUCGCAUUGUGCAGAGCUUCUUCUACUGGCUGUACAUGUUUGUCAUUAAAAAGGCACACGCGCCGACCUGGCCAGGAAUGGGUUGUGACUUUUUGCAGCGGAAAUAUUUGAAACCAUAUUUUGCGCAGGUGCUGCCUCAGGUUGGCACGAUGCUGCUUCAGUUCUUGAUUUCGCAGUCCACAACCCUGCUGGUUGGAAAACUUGGCAAAUUGCAGGUUUCUUCAAGCAGUGCGGCUGCACAAGCCACGGUGCCGAUCACGGUGUGUUUGCUCAUCACUUUCUCUUCGAUGACAGCCAUCCGAGUGGGGAUGAAGCUAGGUAAAGGCCUUGGCAAAGAGGCCGCACAGACAGCAUGGCUUUGUCUCGGCACGCAGGCAGCGCUAACGGUGCUCUUCGCUGCAGUGGCCCUUCCGCUCAGGAAAGAGUUCAUGUCGCUGAUGACAAACGAUCCUCAGAUUCGGCAACUGGCCUCAGAGCUACUUGUGCCGAUCACCCUCAAUUUUCUUUUCGCUGGUGCAGUGAGCACCGUGAACGGCGGAAUACUUGCAAGUCAAGGGCGUACCUACCUCAGUGCCGUAAUGGUGAUGUUAUUCGAACUUCCACUCUCCCUCGGAACCAUUGCAAUUUUGGUUUUGGCCUUCCAUGUUGAUGUGCAUGUCGUGUACUGGGUUCAAGCUGGUGUGACUUUUGUUGAAGCCGUGAUCGUGCUUCUGAUCAUAUCCCGCAGUGACUGGGACAAGUAUGCCGAGGAUGCCCGUGCCAGAAACCAAAUAACGCGACAAGCAUCCGGUCAGGACGACAGUGCAGAAGCACAGACGGCCAUACAGCAGACGGAUGUCGAUGCCUUUUUGCCUGUCGAGUCUGCACAAGAUGUGCAGGUGUACAGCUCGGAAUGUGCCAAUGCCGUGCGAGGUUUUCCUCCAUCAGAGCUCGUUGAUCUGCAAGCAGGCGACAAUUGCGUGAUUUGCCAGCACGAGCUGAAACGAGGUGACGCCACAAGACCGCUGCCUUGUGGUCACAGCAGCUGGCACGACGAAUGCUUCCUGCAAUGGCUGACCGAGCAGCCUUCAUGCCCCAUUUGCCGCGCAAUGGUUGGUGAAGACGGAGUUAAUACCCGUAUCUUCCCGGAGGUGGUCUUGAGUGAACGUGUGGCAGAUUUGCAAUCGCAAGUUGAGGCCCUGGGCCACCUGUGGCAGCUUCAAGCUCUCCAAGCACACUUGCAACGGGUUGUCUUGCUAGAGAGUGAAAGACAGAGUCUAGAACUGCAGCUUAUUCUCAGUUUCGAAGAGCUAGCAUCUUCCGGCCAACGGCUGGCCGAGAUCCAUGGCGAGUUCAUACGCACGUGGAGAUGUCAACGUUGCCGGCUGCGAUUUAUGUCU